UAUAAUACAAUCAAAUUUCGAUUAAAAAUCGAUAUACCUUUUUUGGAUACUAAUUUCGAAUUAGAAUUCUUCAAAGAAAAAUAAACUUAUAUAUAAAAAGUGGAUGUCACAAUUAAUGUCGGGAACAACAUCUGAAACAUUAACAAAUUAUACACCAGAUUUAUAUUCUACAUAUGCUGAUUCAUUUGAUUUAUCAUUAUUAUCAGCAAAUGAUAGAGACACAUUAUCAAUAUUAACAGGUUCAACAGUAUCAGAAACAAUUAAGAAUCAAUCACCGAUACCAUCACCAAUUGAUCCAAUAUCAACAGGUGAUGAUACACUUGAUUUUAUUCCAAAAACAAUUUUCAAUAAUAAUAAUGAUCAGUUAAUGACCCUUCACAACAACAACAGUAAUAAUAAUAAUAAUAAUAAUACAAAUCAAAGCAGCAACAAUAUAAAUUCAACAUUAUCAUCAGACAAUUUGACACCAUCAACAAUAAUUAAAACAGAAAAAUUAUGGAAUUGUGAUACAACAAUUCAAUUACAAAAUAAUAAAAAUUCAUCAACAAUUAUUGAUAAUAAUAAUUAUAAUAUAAAUUCUCCAAUAUCAAAUUCUACAACACUACAACAAUUUGGACAAGAUAAUCAAAAUUGUAAUACAUCAGUUGCUGCUGCAUCAUUACUUUUUCAACAAUUACAAAAACAAUAUCAAUUUUAUCCAUCACCAUUACCGAGUCCACCACAAUACGAAUUCUGUAAUUUAAAUAGUGUAUCAUCAUCUAUUAAUUAUAGUUUAUAUAGUCCAGCAUCAUCAACAUUAUCACCAUCACCUUGUCCAUCAUUGGAUCAACAACAAAUCAAUACAAAUAAUAUAAAUUUUGGUGGUUCAACAAAUUCUUUAAAUAAUCCAAUACAAAAUUUUAUACCACAAGUAAAACAAGAAUAUUUAAUAUUACCACCAUCACCACCAGAAUCUAAUGGUUCACCAUCACCAUCAUUAAAUCAAGAAAUUAAAAGUGAACCUGGUGAUAAUGAAAUUGAAACAAAUUUAAUUGAAAUAAAUAUUUUGUUAGAGAAAACUUUACAAAAUUUAGAAGAGGAAAAUCAAAAAAAUCAAAAAAAAGAAGAACAAAAAUUACAAAAUAAUCAGAUAAAUCAAAUCCAACAACAACAACAAAAUAUUAUAUCAUCGGCUCCAGCACAAGAUCAUCAAUUGUUAAGAGAAUAUCUUCAGGAUACAUCAUUCCAAAAGAAACACAAUCUGAAACCGUUGGCACUGGAGUCGUUGAUUGGUGGCUUAGGGGUUCGUGGUGAUAUUGAACCAGUUAUCUCAUUAGCAUUAGAACAUGCUAAACGUGAUGCACAAGCUACAUGUGCUCAAUUACAGAUAUCACCUGAUCCGCAACAAUGGACCACAACUCAAGUACACGCAUGGCUUCGAUCCACCAUUGAACAAUUUAAAUUACAACAAAUCAAUGAAUUGGAAUUAAAAUUUCCCGAAGAUGGAAUUAAUUUAUUAUGUUUAACUGAAGAAGAAUUUAUAAGACGUGUACCUGAGUCUGGAGCAACAAUACAUGCUCAAUUGGAAAUAUGGAAAUUGGCUUGCUGUGACAAUUUUCUAAAUGAUAUAUUUCCAGCUGGUCCAUCAACAAGCAGUAAUUUGAAUAACAAUAAUAAUGAUACAUGGCCAACAAAAGAAUGUGACAUGGACUUUACUGAUGAUGAAGAUGAUGAUAUGGAUCAUCAACAAUCAAUCACUACAUUAGAUUCAUUAAAUUCAAAUGAAAAUGGUCAACGUACAUUAAUAACAAAUUUAUCAACAUCAACUGAUUAUAAUACAUUGGGAAAUCUAUCACAAACAACAGUAACACAAUCAAAUAAUAAUAUAACAAAUGCAGGAAAUGUUACAAUUACACAGGCAUCAACAACAACAACAACAUCAUCAACAGCAACAACAACAACAACAAAUGCUACUACAGUUUCAACAAAUUCAUCAACAAAUAAUACACCAACAACACCAAAAACACCACGUACCGGUGGCUCUCAUAUACAUUUAUGGCAAUUUUUAAAAGAAUUACUUGCAUCACCACAAGUUCAUGGUACAGCAAUACGUUGGUUAGAUCGUAAUAAAGGUGUUUUUAAAAUUGAAGAUUCUGUACGUGUUGCUAAAUUAUGGGGACGUCGUAAAAAUCGUCCAGCUAUGAAUUAUGAUAAAUUAUCACGUUCAAUACGACAAUAUUAUAAAAAAGGUAUAAUGAAAAAAACAGAACGUUCACAACGUUUAGUUUAUCAGUUUUGUCCACCAUAUAGUGGAUAAGAACACCCAAAAACAAAUAUAAAUUUUAAUACUUAAAUGACAAAAUAAUUAUUUAAUUUAAAUUUUAAUAUUAAUUAAUUUUUUUUUUUUUAAAUAUCUAUUAAGUGUCAAAAAAAAAAAAAUUCUAUAUUCCUUUGUAACUUAUUUAUUUUUUUCUAAAAGAUAAUCUCAAAUUUUGUGAAUGUGUGAGUGUGUCAAAAUUUUCUAACAUUUUCAUAUAUUUUUUUUUUUUUUUGUGAUGUUUCCCAAAUGUGUCAUAAAAUGUCCCAAAUAAGUUUAGAUUUAAAAUAAUAUUAAAAAAAAAAAA